GAAACGGUGUUCUGUAACGGAUCUUAUGGGGGCGGACGAGGCCUCGCUCCUCUUUUUUGGACUGCGGAGUAAGCCGGCUGCGUUGCCUGGACGGCGGGUAUGAGCUUGCGUUGGUGACAAAGCAGCAAUGGAGACUUUAGAAGAAGAAAACUUUGGUGUAUCCAUUUCUUCCCCUUCAGAUGCAGAAUUUGAUGCUGUUGUUGGAUAUUUGGAAGACAUCAUAAUGGACCAGGACUUUCAGCUCAUACAAAGAAACUUCAUGGAUAAGUACUAUCAAGAGUUUGACGAUACGGAGGAAAAUAAGCUAAUCUACACUCCUAUUUUUAAUGAAUACAUCUGCUUAGUUGAGAAAUAUAUUGAAGAGAAGCUCUUGGACAGGAUUCCUGGCUUCAGCAUGUCGGCUUUCACCUUGUCCCUGCAGCAGCACAAGGAUGAAAUAGCAGGGGACAUUUUUGACAUGCUUCUUACCUUUACUGACUUCCUGGCAUUUAAAGAAAUGUUCCUGGAUUACAGAGCCGAAAAAGAAGGCCGAGGUCUUGACUUGAGUGGCGGAUUCGUGGUGACACCUUUGAGCAAAUCUUCUGUAUCUCCUUCACAGAACAGCCUGCGCCACUAGCUGUGGCCCCCAAGCAAGAGUGUCUUAGCUUGGGACGUUGGGACCACAGAAGGCAGCAGUUGAGACAAGAACAGUGGCCCAGGUCAUUGAAGCACCCGCCAUUAUGGCAGGCCUGGUUUUCUCAGCCACUUGUUUGAACUGAUGUUUGUUUCCGAAUGAUCAGGAACUAGAAUAACUCUGUCCUGGUUAGAACCAUAGUCUGAUAGCUCUCAGAUCCGCUCUGUAUCAGCCAAAUUGGAUUUUUACUGAUGAUCUGUUGGAGGGCAGCUGGCUUUCAUCAGGUGCUUCUCCAUCAUGGGCCAAGAGGAACAGAAGGGGCAUCCUGAACCUGUCGUGGGUUGGAUGGUUCAAACUGCGCAUCCCUGGCAGGUCCUGAGAACUGCGGCUGCUCUGGCCAAAGCAUUUUCAUCAUGGCUGCAAAUACCAAAUUUUGACUGUUAACAGGAAGUGUGUGUGUUUGCCAUGAAUACAUAUAUAUACAUGUAUAUAUAGCAUGAAGUUGUUACCCGUUUUAUUUUAUAGUAGCUGUGGAUGUGUGUCCCUCCCGUUAACGGUCCUGUAUCUUUAGAACUCAGGUCCUCACCUGAGCUGCAAAAGUAACCAUUUUAUUGAAAUGCGAUAUUAUUUCCCCCCCUCUGUCCUCAGAAGCGUCACACCACAUUUUUGUACUACUUACAGUAUAUAUGUUAGCAAAGAAUGUGUUUCUAUGGUGCGACCACAUAGGGCAGGUCUGUGCUACAGUUUUAAACUGGUUCAACCACCAGGGAGGGAGCUGCGUUUUUCAUAAAAAUACAAUUCCCCAGGUUCCAUAGUGAUAGGUUGUGAUAGCUCAUCCCAGCUUAGGUUUGUUGUCGAGAUAUCUCUCUGU